AAGAUUUUUGGAGUCAAAUGCCUAUUUGAAAAAUUCACCGUGAACCGGCUACACAUAUGUGAGAAUGUAGAAAACAGCUGAUCUGCGAACGUUGUCAACCAGAGCACAGCGGGUUCGAACAUACCAAGAUUACCACACAGGAACUUGGGCGCAGUUACGCAAAUCACAUCAACAAGCAACUGCUUCAACUUGACGAAAGACUUGGAAGGUACAGUACUACCACUGCUGGGAAGAUCAAUUUCAUAACCACUGAGUACAUCAAUGGAAUGCAUGCAAUGGUCGAUGACUUCAAAAGAGCAGUGGCAAAAAGGUACCAAAUGAUUCAGGAUACAUUUGAACCCUUCCAAAAAAUUGAUGAUAAAGCUCUAGAAAUGAAAGAAAUUGCGGAUGAGCUUGCCGAAAUGGACGAUGUACCUGAUGACGUUCUCGACAAAAUGGCACUCUGAGAACAAAACCUUGCUGAGAUAGACAACUCCUUCGGAACUAUAGGAGAGAUCAACGAGAAAACAGAUGAAUUAGAAGGUGAAAUUGAUACCGACAUCCGUGAUGAACUUGCUGAGUUUAGAGAUUAUAUUGAAGAUCUCUUCCUAACUUUCCGAUUCCCCAUGGAUUAUGAUGACGUUAACUUCGCUGAAAGAUCUGGAGGCCUUAAGAAAGGUAAAGGAAAAGGAGCUGCCUACAUGGGCAGUGGCACUGGGAAUGUCAAAAAAGGCAAAGGAGCUCUCCGGAUUGAAAACGAAAAAUAUGCCAAAGGUGGUAAUGAAGAUGAUAUUCAGGUUGACAUUGAGGAAGAGUUUGAAGUCAUUGAAGGAAGAACAUACAAAGGACAUUCAUCAUGGAUCCAAGAUAUCAUUAGGCUAGGCAGUAAUCAAUUUGCUACUUGUGAUGAGAAAGGAAUGAUCGUUCUAUGGAACAAAAAGGUUAACAAGCAAAAGUCUAUUAGUGCUACAACAUCAAAUGGAGGUUCGGAAUCAGUCCAUUGCUUAACUACUGCUGGCUCUUCGAAUGAUUGGAUUGUAGGAGGUUGAAGCAGUGGCUCUCUAUUCUUUGUUAACGUAGCUUCUUCUCAAAAGAGAAUGGUCGAAGAAUUCAUGGAUGAUACUAUCCUAGGUAUAACUUCUCUAAAGCAAUAUAAAGGGAAAUUUGUGGUUGCCCAAGAUGCUCAGUUUACUAUCAAACUUUUUGACAUUGAUCUCUUAAUCGAUUCAUCAGUAAUGACAGAUCCCAAGAAACUAGCGCAACUUGAAAUUACUCAGAGACCAAAAAGUAAGGAUGAUAGACAAGAUCUCUACUUUGGGGAUAAUAAAAUCAUCGAAUUGAGGAACUCGAACUACGGGAAAACAAAGAAGUGGUUCUCUACGUUCAUCCUCUCUUGUGUAACAACAACUCGAAAAGUAAAUCUUUACGUAAUUGAGAUGCAUAUCAGGCGGAAAUAUGGGCUUUGCUCAUGCAAAAAGAGGUAUGAGUUCAACCACCAAUUCCUUAAGAGCUUCAAAUUUGAUCAUUCACCAACCUCAAUCUGCGAAUUGAGUGAUGACAAAAUUGCUAUUGCAACCGGGAAGUACAUUAAAGUCAUGGAUAUUAAGGGUUCUCACGAAGCUGGUGUUAUCUAUGAAGGCCAUGAGGAUAGAAUCAGAAGUCUAGCCAAGAUUACCAAGAAGGUCAAAGCCUUCCUGGUUCGUGACAACAAGAAGAAAAAGCCUAUUGUUAAAGACGCCCACUACAUAAUCAGCGCUGGCUCCGACCUCCAAAUCCGUAUCUGGAAAGUCCCCGUAGUCUGGCCUUCCCAAAAACUCAACGUAGUAAACGACGCUUGGGACACUGAGAAAGAGGACAACUGAAUCAUGGCAGUAGAGACCAAGCACACUGACAUGAUCAGUGCUUUAAUCUACUCUAAAGAAGAGAUCAUCACUGCUUCAAAGGAUUACUUAGUCAAGAUGUACAGGAUUCAGGGAUCAAGGAAGGCAGAAGAGGAGGAAGGAGAUGAUACCUUGUUGCUCAAGACCAAUCAGUAUGCUGAUCCUGACCUUAACCCGUAGGAAAGGGAGUUUUAGGCGAAAGAUUCUAUUAUUUCUGACCGUAAG